CAUUAUUCAUCUGUGUAGGAGUUUAGGCUUCAAUUUUCUGCCCCAGCUAGGACGCAACUGGAGAAUGAUCUGACCUGACUGAGAGACCCUGGCUAAUACUUUCUAAUAAUUCAUUCAGGAAAGAUGGAGAGCUGUCACUGUUUCUUGCUGCUUUGCUCACUGGUCUUUGCGCUGUCUUUUGCGGAGGAGGCAACGUUUGAGAAUGAGAUCGACCUUACAGAGUUUAUUAGAAGGAUUUCUUCCUCUGGACUACUGGUCAGGGAUCAGCCUCUGGCUAUCAACAGAGACCUUCGCUUUGAAACAAACUCACUGGAGGAGCUUGGAGAUCCAGAGGAUUCCAUUCCCAUCUGGACUGAUGAGGAACCAGUCAUCCAGAAUACACUCAACACCGGGACUACCAUCCCUGAGGAUUCCAUUCCCAUCUGGACUGAUGAGGAACCAGUCAUCCAGAAUACACUCAACACCGGGACUACCAUCCCUGAUAUUCCUGACUAUGGCCCCAUAGUGUUGACCAACAAUGGGUUGAUCAAGGGACUCACAGUGGAAAAGUCCCACAUAUUUUAUGGGAUCCCGUACGCGGACCCACCUGUGGCCACGCACCGCUGGAAGCCCCCCAGACCGGUGACCCCGUGGCCGGGGGUCCACGACGCCACGUACCCGAGGGAUGCGUGUAUGCAAGGCUGCAGUGGCCCCAUAUCUGACAAGUGCCCUCAGAAGGUCAGUGAGAACUGCCUCUACCUCAACAUAUUUGUACCUCUGGAUGUGAACUUCAGUUCCCCUUUACUGACAACCCUGCCAGUGAUGGUGUGGAUCCACGGGGGAGAUUUCAUUGCUGGCUCAGCCUCCAAGACCCUGUACGAUGGGAGGUUCAUCAGUAACUUCACUCACACUGUGGUGGUGAGCAUGGCGUAUCGGCUAGGGGCGUUUGGUUUCCUCGUCUCGGGAAAAGACCCCAAAACCUCAGCAACCGGGAAUUAUGGGAUCCUGGAUCAGCAGGUUGCUCUUCUCUGGGUUCAACAAAACAUUGCUCUGUUCGGAGGCGACCCCAGCAAGGUGACCAUAUUUGGGGAGAGUGCAGGAGCCCAGUCAGUGAGCCUCCAUCUGAUGGUCCAGAGCAGUAAGCCCCUGUUCAAACAGGCUGUGUUCCAGAGCCUACCCUUCUCCAUCCCUCUCAAGACCAGACAUGAUGCCCUGAAGCUGGGGAGGGACUUUGCCAGACAGGCCAACUGCUCUGUGAGCGACAUCGUGUGCCUGCUGUCCCUCAGUCCUCAGGCUGUCCUCGCUGCCCAGAUGAAGUCAAGUUCCAAAGUGGUGAAUCCCUUCAGGUUCCUGGAGAUGUUUGAGACCUGGGGGCCCUACGUGGAUGGAGAGCUGAUCAAGGAGCAGGCUGUGACUGCCUUCCAGAAGGGCCACUGGCAGAAGGAGAAACCAGUCCUCCUUGGGACCACUUCAGAGGAGGGGGUGAUAUUUGUGUACGGGGUCUUCACCAAGCCUGUGUCUGCGGUGGAGUGCACCGUCUACACCGCGGCCAUCUUCAAACAGCACGCCCUCAGGAUCCUACACAAGUACCUGCCCCUGUACAAGGACAUUGACCGACGGGACAUGCUGGCUCAGAUUGUGACAGACUACGUCUUCCUUUGCCCCUCCCGCAAGGCAGCCCGGGCAGGCACCAAAGUGGGCAGCGCCGUGUGGAUGUACGUCUUCGACCAUGUGAUAUCGGACCACAGUGUGUGGUCCGGUCUGUCCUUCUGCUACGAGCACGUGUGUCACGGUGCUGAGCUGCCCUUCCUCUUCAACACUGCCUCCAUGGCUAACUUCACGCUGGCCCCACCCGAGAGGCUGCUGUCCAAUCGGAUGUUGUGUUACUGGGGGACAUUCGCCCACACCGGGGACCCGGCCUCACGGAUGCAACAGAGCGGCUUCUGUAGACAGCAACGCCUGCCGGCCUGGCCCCGCUACUCGGACACCAGCUCCUGGUUGGUCAUGAACUUCACUGUCCGCUCCCAUGCCCAGGUGGGCACCAGGGACCAUAUCUGUGACUUCUGGGACAAGCUGGGCAUCUAUUAGGGCAUAGGGUGGGCAUGGGGCGGGCAAAGGUGUUGGUAUUGGUUAUGUAUGCAUACAGAGUGUUAUGUCAUUGCAUGUUUUUAGUUUUCUAACCAUUUCUCGUCCCCAGCUGCUUCAUUUGAUGUGAUUGUGCAGUGAUUUGUUGGCUACGUACUUGAGAACUCCUACAUGAAUACCCCACUGUCGCUGUACAUGUGAAUCAUUUUGGAUAAUGUUUUUUCUAUGACAAAUAAAUCACAGUGAGAAAUA